UGAUGUGUCUCCCGACUGGAGAGAGGGCGGACUGUGCCGAGCGUAGGCUACGUAAUCUGAAGAGCGUAACUAUAUAUAAGAGGGCCACUGACAGACUGACAAAGUAACGUGGUUGCAUUAUCCGUGGACAUGGCUCGAGUUGAGAUGUCUGAGUUUGGUGUGGAGCAGGAACAGAUGAUGCAGGUUUUGAUCCGGCAUUGUCAAACCAUGAAGCGUCAGGAGACACGACUGCGCUUGGCCACUGCGGCGCUGCUCGCAACAUUCCUCGCGACUUUGCUGUGGCUACAGUUUCAACAACAAACUACUAAGGAUGCAUUUUUCGGUGCCCAUUCAGAGGCUUUGAAUACUGAAGGACCACCAAUGAGACACACUGUACAUCUUGAAUGUUUAAAUAGUGCUGGAAACCAGUUUGUUGAUUGUUCAGAAGAACAUCCCAUCAAGUGGCACAUCAUGAAUGAGGACAAUGACUCCCAAAAUUUUAAGCUGGAAAACCAAACAGUCCUCCAUGUCUUCACAAAGGGUCUCUACUUGAUCAAUCUAAGGAUCUAUUACCGUGUAGCCUAUAAUCAGUGUGAUCCUAAUUCAGAGCUUUUGACUUUAAAGGUCAAUGUCUCACAGAAGCAUAGCAACUAUGAAAUGGAGAGAGAGGUUAUAAGUGCUCAAGAGUCUAUGAUUUGUAGAAAUUAUUGGCUGCAGUCAAUCACUUUGAAUAGAGUUAUCAUGCUGGAAUCUGAAACUAGUCUCAUUGUGAAAAUUAACAAGAAGAGUUGCAAGUUUGUCAGCCGGGCAACAAACAGUCACUUGGAUGUGACUAGCAUUGGCUUUUUUUAAAGGUUUUACUAGCUGAUGGCAUUAAUGCGUAUUUGAGGUUUGUUAGCAUUGAGCAGGUGUGCUUAGUUUUUAAUGACCUUUUAUUGAGGUGCACAUAUAUUUUAGAAUGCAUAACCACUUUAAUUAAUUUUCUAGUUUGAAAGGUUUACUCUGAACCAUAAUGCUGAAAUUGUUAUUAAAUAACAUGACUACACAUGCAUGUACACAAGAAGAAGUAGUGAAUAAUUGUUGCUGUGCCAGCUAAAUUGCACUAAAAUGUUGGUAGCUAGCAAAACUAUGUGCAUGUUUUAUGUUAAAACUUUUUUAAUGUGCAUUUAUGAUUUUAAAAAUCAGAUCUGUUAAUUUUUUUUAACUUUUCUAAGUUGGAACACUUCCUAUUUAUUACAUUGACCUCUAUGUGGCAAUUGUACAUCUCUAUUUCAGAACGCAACAUUUUUUUGUGGUUUACACAAUUAUGUGGUUUUGUAUUGAAAUUCAAAUAAAUAUUUGUUUGUAAA